GGGUCAUUACCAGUUCCCAGCACAUUCCAGGGUAUGGUAACUGGUUCUUCAUUAACUUGCCUGCAGGGGCUGUAGGGGCAAGGGGGUCGUGGAAGGGAAUAGGAGCUGGUUCUUCAUUGUCUCCCUGGAUCAUCUCAGUCACAGUCAGGAUUUCUUGAUUCUUUUUAAACCAUCUCCAUGUUGGGUGCUCCAGGACCGCCCAGACUGCUUUUGUCCUUCCUUGUAUCCUCAGGGCUCAGCACAGUUCCUAGAACCUGUUUUAUAUGGAAUCCACGUUUACUGGCUGGGCCCAGGCUUGUGUCAGGCCCCAGCUCUACCAGGGUCCUCGCAUUCUGGUGUCUCUCCUGGAAGGCAAAUGCAUGCUCUGGCCUCAGCCGUGUUUCUCUCUCUCUUUCUGGCCCUUGUUUCUCUGCAGUCAACAGUAACGGUUGGAAUCAGAGCAGACUCGAUCCUGAGGAUGCAGAGGUUUCUCUCUAGGCUCUCAUCUCCCUAACCUGAGGUGGUGAACAGGACAGACUGAGCCCCAGAGACCAGGAAAGGGCCCGGAGCUGGAGAUGCAGGCAAAGCUGAGCCUUGGAUGGCUCCAGGUAAGGCAGAGUCUUCACUCCUCAUGUGCUGCGGGUUCCUGGAGAGAAGGAAAAGCCGGAAACCAGCUGCCUGGCUGCGCUCUCCACUGAGGCUCCCUCAUCUCAGCUGGGUCCUCCCCAUGGCAAGGCAACGCCGUGACACCUCCCUCAGGGAUUCCCUUUGCCACCCACCCCAGGCGCCUUCCCAAGUAUUUCCCUGGUCUCCAGCUCUCCCUCCUGGCUGCCUCCCACCGCCUGCCUGACAGUUCCUUGGAGUGUGCUGGGUUCAGACUGGAGGCUCUGAUAGAGAUGGGGGAGGAGGGAAGAGGGGAAGGGGGGGGGGGCGAUCCAGCUCCAGAACCCCGGGUAGUGCAGAGGCCUCUGGGAAGCAGGAAGAGAAGAUGGCCCCCAGUCCUCCCUCCUCCUCCACUAUCAAAGAUUUUCCCUCAGGGGCUCUUGAGAUCGAGCUAGUGUGUAUAUCCACCGCAUCAGCCUGGGCUGUGUCGCCCACCGAUGCCGGCCCAUUCCGCCCCGCCUCGCCCCAGCCCCCGCCACACUUCGGGAUGUCCUGGAGGGCUCCAGACAGGCCCGGGAUCCAGGGACUCCCUUCCUCGCUCCUCGCUUACUGAGCAGAGGCCAGAAUCCACGUGACUAAGAAAGUGCUUUGCCGGGUCUUGGUUGCUUGGUUAAACUGAGCGGUUUAAAUAUCUGUGGACUGCAGUUCUUCCAGGCGAGGGGGGCGUGACUAGAGAUGCCCGGCGCCGCUUCUUUCUUCUGUCAGUGGCUCUUUUCUCCAAUCCUCCUGCAGACCCCAAGAGGUGGUGACCUUCAAGGAUGUGGCUGUGGACUUCACCAGGGAGGAGUGGCUCCUCUUGGCCCCUCCCCAGAAGGAGUUGUACAAGGAGGUGAUGCUGGAAAAUGCCUGGAACCUGCUCUCUGUGGGGUUUCCAACAUCCCCAGAAGAUGUGAUCUCCUAUUUGGAGCAGAGGGAAGCCCAGUGGAUGCUGGAGCAGGAAGGCCUGAGGAGCUGCUGCCCAGAAGGUGAGAUCAGACCCGUAAUGAAAUUGACUCCAACAGAAGUGAGCCUUUCUGUGGAAGAAAGUGAGAAACAUUUCAUGAGUAAUAUUCCAGAUUACUUAGCUUGGAGAGAAUUGUGUGCUGGUUUUCAAAAUUCAACCCUUCCUGAACAUCAAAGAAUAAACUCUGAGGAAAAGUCUCAUGAAUGUAAUCAGUGUGGAAAGACUUUUAUGCUCAGGGCUAGUCUUGCUGGACAUCAGAGAAUCCACACUGGGAAAAAAACUUAUGAAUGCAAGCAAUGUGGGAAGACAUUCAACAAGUGCUCUAGUCUUGCUAAACAUCAGAGGGUCCACACUGGGGAGAAACCUUUUGAAUGCAAGCAAUGUGGAAAGACAUUCAGUUGGAGCUACAAUCUUGGUGAACAUCAGAGAAUCCACACUGGAAAGAAACUUUAUGAAUGCAAUCAAUGUGGAAAGACAUUCAGUCGAAGCUCCAGGCUUGCUGAACACCAGAGAGUCCACACUGGGGAGAAACCUUAUGAAUGCAAAGAGUGUGGAAAGACAUUUAGUCAGAUCUACAAUCUUGCUCAACAUCAAAGAAUCCACACUGGGGAGAAACCUUAUGUAUGCAAGCAAUGUGGAAAGACAUUCACUCGGAGCUCCAGUCUUGCUGAACAUCAGAGAAUCCACACUGGGGAGAAACCUUAUGAAUGCAAGCAAUGUGAAAAGGCAUUUAUUCGGAGCUCCCAACUUGCUUCACAUCAGAGAAUCCACACUGGGGAGGGACCUUAUGAAUGCAAGCAAUGUGGAAAGACAUUCAGUCGACGUUCCAGGCUUGCUGAACAUCAGAGAAUCCACACUGGGGAGGAACCUUAUGAAUGCAAGCAAUGUGGAAUGAAAUUCAGUCGGAGCUCCAGGCUUGCUGAACAUCAGAGAAGCCACACUGGGGAGAAGCUUUAUGAAUGCAAACAAUGUGGAAAGACAUUUAGUCAGAACUACAAUCUUGCUCAACACCAGAGAAUCCACACUGGAGAGAAACCUUAUGAAUGCAAGCAUUGUGGGAAGACAUUCAGUCGGAGCUUCAGGCUUGCUGAACAUCAGAGAAUCCACACUGGGGAGGAACCUUAUGAAUGCAAGCAAUGUGGAAUGACAUUUAGUCGGAGCUCCAGGCUUGCUGAACAUCAAAGAAUCCACACUGGCGAGAAACUUUAUGAAUGCAAACAAUGUAGAAAGAUAUUUAGUCAGAGCUACAAUCUUGCUCAACAUCAAAGAAUCCACACUGGGGAGAAACCUUACGAAUGCAAACAAUGUGGAAAGAUAUUCUGUUGGCGCUCUAGUCUUACUGAACAUCAGAGAGUCCACACUGGGGAGAAACCUUAUGAAUGCAAGCAAUGUGGAAAGACAUUCAGUCGGAGCUCCUGUCUUGCUGUACAUCAGAGAAUCCACACUGGAGAGAAACCUUUUGAAUGCAAGCAAUGUGGAAAGACAUUCAGUCGGAGCUCUGGUCUUGCUUCACAUGCGAGAAUCCACACUGGAGAGAAACCUUAUGAAUGCAAGCAUUGUGGAAAGACAUUCAGGCAGACGUCUAGUCUUACUCACCAUCAGAGCAUCCACACUGGGGAGAAACCUUAUGAAUGCAAGCAAUGUGGAAAGACAUUCAGUCGCAACUCUGGCCUUGCUGAACAUCAGAGAAUCCACACUGGGGAGAAACCUUAUGGAUGCAAGCAAUGUGGAAAGGCAUUCAGUCGGAGCUCCAGGCUUGUUGAACAUCAGAGAAUCCACACUGGGGAGAAGCUUUAUGAAUGCAAGCAAUGUGGAAAGACAUUCUAUCAGAACUCCAGUCUUGCUGUUCAUCAAAGAAUCCACACUGGGCAGUAACCUUUUGAAUGCAAGUAAUGUGGAAAUAUUCGGGGGCCAUCAUACCCCAACUGGCUGACAUGGUUACAGUCUGAGGAAAUGAGGUCUGUAAAGCAGACCACAGAAUGAGGGUCUCCUGAUGAUCCCUCUCUGUGACUUCUCUCCCCAAAUUUUCCCCACUAAUGGACUUGCUAUGAUUAUUAAUCUUCCCUCCAAUACAGGAGAAAUAAUAUGAGAGCAAAUACUUAUAGGAUCAAUAAAUAUACACCCCACUGUAAUCCCCCUAGAUUAGUACCCCAAAAAGAAUGCAUUUACAGAAUUAAAGCCUAACGAUCACUACCCAUUGCCCCCCUCCUUUCCUUCUCCACAGAGCUACAGCCACUCCCAAGAACAUCAAUCACCUUCAAGACAUAUUCCACUGCAUUCUGUUUAUGGACAAAAAACAGGCAACAUUGCCAGGUGAUUUAAAGUAACACAAGAAAAAUAGUACUUGUAAGUUGAGGAAAACCACAAAUCUGGUCUGUCAUUAAAUUGCCCUCUAACCUUGCACCUAGCUAUGAAAUGUUUUGUUAUCCAUCUCCUAAGUAAUUGUGAUUGUGAAAGGUAACCAAAAGUAACAAUGAUUCUCCUAGGUGAGGUAGAACUAACCUCUAGAUCACCCUGACUAUAUCAUUCAUCUAUAGCAACAAUUUUCUUUGACUAUCUCCUUAAGCUAUGCCUCUUGUUAUUAAGUUCCAUGGAAACACAUAUUUAGAAAAUUGAUUGUAUGCCAAAGAAAUAUGUACUUGAAACCCUAUAUAAUAAACAAACCUCCAUGCUAAUGCAGAACCCUGUGUGAUGCCUAUGCAUGUGGGCCUUAGCAUACA